UACAAAUAUGUGUGUGUGAAGUCUGCUUCGAUUAUAUCAAAGCGCGAGUGAGUGAAGAUAUCAUGAUGCCUCUCCUUUCUUCUCCUCCUCCUCCUCUUUCUCUCUCUAACUCUGCAACCUAAACUUCCAUCCAAUUCAACUAAACUUCUAGAGAGAGAAGAUCUCAAAAUUUGCUACUUUUUCAUCUAUUUACCUUUCCCAUUGAUCCUCUCAACACUAUAUCCACAAUUCCCCAACCAUAUCAUAUCUCUCUUCAUUUGAUCAACGAAAUCUUUUCGUGAAAUUCUGUGAGGCCACAAGCUCUAUCCACCGUCGAUUUCUGAUUAUCGUAUUGGACGAGUUGGUCAAGGGUUUGGACAGUUCGAUUGUCGAUUUAUUUAUUCAUUUUUUAGCGAGGAAAAUUGAGUCAAGCGUUGAAUUGGUAGCUAGGGUUUUUUAUUUUCUGUUUGGUCUUUGAAUUUGGGACUUCUUGAUGGAGCCUCGUGUCGGUAAUAAGUUUCGGCUUGGCCGGAAGAUCGGUAGCGGGUCGUUCGGAGAGAUCUAUCUUGGUACUAAUAUCCAGACAAACGAAGAGGUUGCUAUUAAACUUGAAAACAUCAAGACAAAGCAUCCCCAAUUGCUGUAUGAAUCAAAAUUGUAUAAAUUACUACAAGGAGGAACUGGAAUUCCAAAUCUGAGAUGGUUUGGGGUUGAAGGAGACUAUAAUGUUCUUGUGAUGGAUUUACUUGGACCUAGUCUUGAAGAUCUGUUUAACUUUUGUAGUAGGAAGCUGUCCUUGAAAACUGUUCUUAUGCUUGCAGAUCAGAUGAUCAAUCGGGUUGAGUUUGUGCAUUCCAAAUCAUUCCUGCAUCGAGAUAUUAAGCCAGAUAACUUCCUUAUGGGUUUAGGGAGGCGUGCAAAUCAGGUUUACAUCAUUGACUUUGGCCUGGCUAAGAAGUAUAGAGACUCCUCAACCCAUCAGCAUAUUCCUUAUAGAGAAAAUAAGAAUUUGACGGGUACUGCAAGAUAUGCAAGCAUGAAUACUCAUCUUGGAAUUGAACAAAGCCGGAGGGAUGAUUUAGAAUCACUUGGUUACGUUCUUAUGUAUUUCUUAAGAGGAAGUCUUCCUUGGCAGGGACUGAAAGCAGGAAACAAGAAGCAGAAGUAUGAAAAGAUCAGUGAAAAGAAAGUUUCAACCUCUAUUGAGGCCUUAUGUCGGGGUUACCCUACAGAAUUUGCAUCCUACUUCCAUUACUGCCGUUCAUUGCGGUUUGAUAAUAAACCAGAUUAUGCUUACCUGAAGAGAAUUUUCCGCGACCUUUUUAUUCGUGAAGGUUUUCAGUUUGAUUAUGUAUUUGAUUGGACGAUUUUGAAAUAUCAGCAAUCACAGCUUGCCAAUCCUCCAUCUCGUGCUCUUGAUACUGGUGCUGGAACAAGUUCUGGGUUGGCUCCUGCUACCAAUGUUGAGAGACAAUCAGGUGGUGAAGAUGGUAGGCCUGCUGGUUGGUCUUCAGCAAAUGCCACUCGUGGUAGAAACUCUGGACCACUUGUAAAUGCUGGAACUUCUAAACAGAAAAGUCCAGUUGCAAAUGAUUCAGCCAUGACCAAAGAUGGUGUGUUAUCUGGUUCUAAUAUGUUGCGGUCAAGUGGAUCUUCAAGGCGACCUGCUAUCUCGAGCAGUCGUGACCCUGUGAUUGUUGGCACUGAUUCUGAUCCCUCUCGCCUCCUUGCCACUGGUGCAAGCCCAGGCAUGUCGAACAAGGUUUCUAGCACAGCACAAAGAAGUUCACCGGUCAUAUCAUCAGAUCAUAAGCACAAUUCUAGUAGAAGCACCUCGAAGAUAAAGAACUUCGAAUCCACCCUCAAGGGAAUUGAGGGCCUGCAUUUUGACAAUGAUGAGAGGCUGCAUUAUUAGUUUUUGUCUCUCUCUGGCCCUCGUCCACUGUAAAAAUUAGAAUGGUAUAUUUUGCCAUGCACUUGGUGUGGAAUCUGUUGUGUGUACUCUUUUUUUCUUUUUCUUUUUUUCUUUUUCGAGGAAAGCUUCAACUACCUGAAAGUUGAGGUGGUACAAGUUGGAAGUUGUCAUCACACUAAAAACUACUACAUAAAUGGAAGAGAUCCCGGCAUUUCAAAGGUUCGAAAUCCAAACUAAAACUCACCUGGUGAAGCUUUGUCAAUGCGCGUCGAGCUGUUCUCUUUACAUUUUCUUUUUCCCGCUUUCUUUUACAACAUUUCCCAUCUUUCUUGGUUUUUAAACACUCGAUAAUUAGAUCCCAUUGUAUUGAGUUUCCUGGUUCAUUUUAAUUUCUAUAACACUGAAUAUGAAUAUUAUUAAAUUUAAGCAUCAGUGUUUGUUGCACCUA